AUGUACAGGUACGAGCUGGUACAGCCUGGGGACCACGUGUGGGGUGUACCCCUCUCGGACGGCAAUUGGACGGGGAUGCUGGGUAUGCUGCAGCGGGAGGAGGUAGAAUUUGCGCUCGGGCCCUUUGGUGUGACGGCUUCAAGGGAGACCGUGUGUGAUUUCUCGGUACCUGUCAAGACGGAGAACAGUGCCAUCCUGGUGGAACGGCCCACCCAGGAGAGUGACAUGGCCGGCUUCUUGAAACCUUUUACUCCCUCGGUGUGGUUCCUGAUUUUGGCGAGUAUGGUGGCCAUCUUCGUAGGCUUUGCGGGUGUGAUGUGGGUGGAGGGACGCCUCUUCCGCCAGCGACCUAAGAACCCUGUCUCCACCUCGGCUCUUUGGGUCAUGAAGGCUUUCACCCAGGAAGGCACUGAGUGGCUACCUAAGACAGACGGGAGCCGCUUGGUGGUGACGACUUGGCUGUUGGCGUCGCUGGUGUUCAUGUCCUCCUACAGCGGCAUCCUGACGGCCAUGCUGACUGUGCCUCGGGUCACCAUCCCGAUAAACUCCAUGUUGGACCUCGUUUCUCAGAAUGAUAUGCCUUGGCGCCUUGAGUCUGGCUCCUGGAUGCUUCAGUACUUUCAGGAAGCACCAGACGGAAUCCGUCAGAAGAUCUACGAGGGGCACACAGGCACCUUCCCAGAUUGUUGGGCGGCCAGGGAGCCCAUUUCCAAGGGGAAGUACGCCGCUCUCUGCGACCAUACCACCAUGAAGAAGGCCAUGUCCUGGGACUUCAGCUCUAGUGGACAGUGCCACCUGUACAUAUCCAGGGAAGUUGUCCACAGCUUCAACCUGGCUGUCGCUUUCAAGACCAACUCCCGCUACAAAGACGCCGGCGACUACUGGAGAGUGAAGGAGUCUGGGAUCCUGGACAUGUGGUUGGAGAAUGAGAUCGUCAACACGUCUCAGUGCCUCAAGCCGCCCUCUGCCGACCUGUCUUCUCAAAACAUCUCUGCUCUCGACCUAGAGUCCUACAUGGGUCCGAUAUUGAUAAUGGGUGCAGGACCAAAUUAA